UGAACCCAGCUGUGUGUCCUUGAAGAGUGACCGGUCAAAGAAUGUUAUUAUUGAGUUUAAAGAAAACCAAAGUUCUGCUGUAAAGAGGGUCCAUCAGAAAAGAGACUCUGUUGCAGAUGAACCCAGUUGUUUGUCCUUGAUGAGUAACCGGUCAAAGAACGUUAUUAUUGAGUUUAAAGGAGAGCAACAGUCUUCUUCAGAGAGAGUGGACCAGCAGAGCUCAGAGCCUCCCAGCAGUCCGUCUGUCCAGCAGCAUCAGACACAGCUGGACUCCAUAUUUCUGCUGCUGGAGGACAACAUUGUCAUGUUUGUGAAGAACGAGCUGAAGAAGAUCCAGAGGGUUCUGAGUCCAGAUUACCCAGAAUCCCUUGUGUAUCUGUUGGAGGGUGAGGAUGAAGCGCAGCGGAAGAGCAGCAGAGAGGCGUUUGUGAAGAUCACAGUGAACUUCCUGAGGAGAAUGAAGCAGGAGGAGCUGGCUGAGUGUCUGCAGAGCUGUGCGUUUGGUGCAGUUUAUCAAAAGCAGCUGAAGUCUAAGCUGAAGAAGAAGUACCAGUGUGUGUUUGAGGGGAUUGUUAAAGCAGGAAACCCAACCCUUCUGGAGCAGAUCUACACAGAGCUCUACAUCACAGAGGGAGGGACUGGAGAGGUCAACGAUGAACAUGAGGUCAGGCAGAUUGAAGCAGCAUCCAGGAAACCAGACCGAGCAGAAACAACCAUCAGACAGGAAGACAUCUUUAAACUCCCACCUGGAAGAGAUGAACCAAUCAGAACAGUGAUGACGAAGGGAGUGGCCGGCAUCGGGAAAACAGUCUUAACACAGAAGUUCACUCUGGACUGGACGGAAGGCAGAACCAACCAGGACAUCCAGUUCUUGUUUCCAUUCACCUUCAGAGAGCUGAAUGUGCUGAAAGAGAAAACGUUCAGCUUGGUGGAACUUGUUCAUCACUUCUUCGCUGAAACCAGAGAAAUUUGCAGCUUUGAAGAGUUCCAGGUCGUGUUCAUCUUUGACGGUCUGGAUGAGAGUCGACUUCCUCUGGACUUCCACAACAAUGAGUUCCUGACUGAUGUUACUGAGUCCACAUCGGUGGAUGUGCUGCUGACAAACCUCAUCAGGGGGAACCUGCUUCCUUCUGCGCGUCUCUGGAUCACCACACGACCCGCAGCAGCCAAUCAGAUCCCUCCUGAGUGUGUCUCCAUGGUAACAGAGGUCAGAGGCUUCACUGACCCACAGAAGGAGGAAUACUUCAGGAAGAGGUUCAGAGAAGAGGAGCAGACCAGCAGCAUCAUCUCCCACAUCAAGACAUCACAGAGCCUCCACAUCAUGUGCCACAUCCCAGUCUUCUGCUGGAUCACUGCUACGGUCCUGGAGAAAGUCCUGGAGACCAGAGAGGGAGGGAAGCUGCCCAAGACCCUGACUGAGAUGUACAUCCACUUCCUGGUGGUCCAGGCCAAACUGAAGAAGGUCAAGUAUGAUGGAGGAGCUGAGACAGAUCCACACUGGAGUCCAGAGAGCAGGAAGAUGAUCAGGUCUCUGGGAAAACUGGCUUUUGAGCAGCUGCAGAAAGGAAACCUGAUCUUCUAUGAAUCAGACCUGAGAGAGUGUGGCAUCGAUGUCAGAGAGGCUUCAGUGUACUCAGGAGUGUUCACACAGAUCUUUAGAGAGGAGAGCAGCCUGUACCAGGACCAGGUCUUCUGCUUCAUCCAUCUGAGUGUUCAGGAGUUUCUGGCUGCUCUUCAUGUCCAUCGGACCUUCAUCACGUCUGGAGUCAACCUGCUGGAGGAACAAAAAAACACCUUCAGAUGGUUUAAAAUAAGAGCAGAGACUGACCUCUAUCAAAGUGCUGUGGACAAGGCCUUACAGAGUCCAAACGGACACCUGGACUUGUUCCUCCGCUUCCUCCUGGGUCUUUCACUGGAGACCAAUCAGACUCUCCUACGAGGUCUGCUGGAACCAAAACGACAAAGUUCAGAUAACAACCAGGAAACAAUCAAAUACAUCAAGAAGAAGAUCAGUGGGGAUCAGUCUGCAGAGAAAAGCAUCAACCUGUUUCACUGUCUGAAUGAACUGAAUGAUGGUUCUCUGGUGGAGGAGGUCCAACAGUCCCUGAGGUCAGGACGUCUCUCCACAGAUAAACUGUCUCCUGCUCAGUGGUCAGCUCUGGUCUUCAUCUUACUGUCAUCAGAAGAAGAUCUGGAGGUGUUUGACCUGAAAAAGUUCUCAGCUUCAGAGGAGGUUCUACGAAGGCUGCUGCCGGUGGUCAAAGCCUCCAAGAAAGUUUUGUUGAGUGGUUGUAACCUCUCAGAGCACAUCUGUGCAGAUCUGUCCACAGUCCUCAGCUCUCAGUCCUCCAGUCUGACAGAACUGGACCUGAGUGACAACGACCUGCAGGAUUCAGGACUGAAGAAACUGUGUCCUGGACUGGAGAGCCCACACUGUAAACUGGAGUCUCUCAGGCUGUCAAGCUGUCUGAUCUCAGAAGAAGGUGGUGCUUCUCUGGUCUCAGCUCUGAGCUCCAACCCCUCCCAUCUGAGAGAGCUGGACCUGAGCUACAACCAUCCAGGGGAGUCAGCAGUGCAGCUUUUGUCUGCUGGACUGGAGGAUCCUCGCUGGAGACUGGACACUCUCAGGGUGGAGCCUGCUGGACAACGAUGGUUGACAUCAGGUCUGAGGAAGUAUUCCUGUCAACUCACCAUCGACACAAACACAGUCAACAACAAUAUCAAACUGUCUGACAAAAACAGGAAGAUGAAAUAUGUGAAGGAGGAUCAGUCAUAUCCUGAUCAUCCAGACAGGUUUGAUCACUGUUGUCAGCUGCUGUGUAGAGAAGUUCUGACGGGUCGCUGUUACUGGGAGGUCCGGUGGAAAGGAUAUGUUUCUGUAUCAGUGAGUUACAGAAGAAUCAGCAGGAAAGGAGAGUCUAAUGUCUGUGUGUUUGGGAAGAACGAUCAUUCCUGGAGCCUGUUCUGCUUUGGUGAUGAUGGUCGGUACUCGGUCUGGCACAAUGGCAGAAGAACAUCUUCCUCCUCCUCUUCCUCGGUCUCUGACAGAGUAGCAGUGUAUGUGGACUUUCCUGCUGGAACUCUGUCUUUCUACAGCGUCUCCUCUGACAGACUGAUCCACCUCCACACCUUCAACACCACAUUCACUGAACCUCUCUAUCCUGGGUUCAGGUUCGGGUUGGGAUCUGGUUCUUCAUUGUCUCUGUGUUGAGAUCAGUAUCAACACUUUCCUGUCAGAGAAACUGUCUCUGUUGGACAGAAAGUUCAGUCUGUUUUGAAUCUUAUUUCUCCUCCAGUCCUUUAAAGAUGGAAGUUGCCGUUGUUCAAGGAUCCACAUGUUCCAGGAUCUUUGACAGGAGCCAGUCAAAGCUUCACAGUGAACAUCAGCAUGUUUCUCUGAAGUUCAGUUCAGCCUGUGUCAUGGUAAAGGCAGGUUUAUUUAUAUAGCACAAUUCAACAGUUAUUCACAGUGCUUACACAGACAUUAAAAACAUUAAAAAGACAUUAACGAAAAAGUGCCACUAGAGGGAAUUUUAGACCAUUUCCAGCUAAUGCUGGUAUAUAAACAUGGUCCUCCAUAGAACACGCUGAAAAAGAAACAAAAAAACAGAAAACAAAUCAGGAUUUAUUUAAGUUUUAUGCAAUAUCCAUAAUUUAUAUAGGAAAAAUUAAUUGUAAGAUUAAA